UGCCGUCCGAUCGAGAUCGGAGGGCUCCGAAACCCCUCAAAACCCCCAACCCUAGCCUCCCUGCCUUAUAUAAACACCCCCCAUGUCAAUUUUGGCCUCCUCCACCCUCCCACCUUGGUUCUCGCGCCCCCAAUCAUCAGCCGCCGCCGCCCUCAUCGUUUUCCGCGCCGGCCCGCUCCGCCGCCGCCACUUGGCGCUCCUCCCGCGCCUCCACCUCGCCACCGCCACGUGGCGCCACCCUAGUGGGCAGCGCCGCCGCAGUAGCCUCCCUCGCCCACUCCCCGUUCGCCACCUGUCCUCCCCGCGCCUCCCAGCCGCGCGCCCCGCCCAGGCCCGGGGCGAGCCCGCGAAGCCCAUCGGGGCCCGAGCGCUCCGCCGCCGCCUGGUCCCGAGCGUCUCCCGCUCCGAAGCCCCGCCGCCCGACCUCACCAGCGCCUCCGCCCCGCUGCCCCUCUACCUCGUCGCCUCGCCUCCGCCGGCGAGCACCGCGCCGGUGCCGUCGCCGUCCCGAACCCCGCAGGAGCCGCCGUCGCCGGAGUUUCCUCGCCGCUGCCCCGUUGCGAGUUGCGCCGGAUCCGGCCGGAACGGGUCCGGAGCGACCGGAUCUGGUCGUCCCCAACGCCCCUCGACCUUCCUGCCGUUGCGGCGCCCUCGCCGGCGUGCGUCAACGCCGCCGCCUCUGCCUUCUUCGUGCGGGCACGGGAGGAGGACGACUCCCCAGCCGGCCACGUGGGCCUCGUGGCCCAUCCCUGCAUUCGGCCCACCUCCUCCAGAUCCAGCCCAGCACCAGAUCUGGCCCAAGGCCUCUUUGAUGAGCACCCACAUGCUAUCCUGCGCCCCCUGCGCACUAUUGGUUCUCGCGCCGGCCCGUGUGGUUCAGUUUCGGCCUGUUUAG